CUUGCUGACAUUUGGUGUCAACAAAUUAGUCUUUUAUUAAGUCUAUUUAAUAAUCAGCUUGACAAAGUGAAAUAAACUAAUUUGCAUUCCGCUUUCUAAUUCGCGUUUCGAGUGCAAAACCAAAAAUUAUACAAUACCAAAUCAGAGAGAGUGUAAAGAGCACAGGAAGACUGCAGUGCUCCAACCUCCUUCGGCUGUGUCAAGCUGAUAUUGAAAACAUUGUUUAUGCUGAUUCUCGGAUGGCGUCAUGAUACUAUACUGGUAUAUGCAUUGGUUUUGGAUAACAAUCACAGUGAACAUUAUAUACUGUGCUUGUGAUGAUGUAGUGGCCACCACUGCAGCACUGCAGACAUCAGGCAGUGAAAAUGGCAAAGCAGUGACAGAGAAUCCGGCCACACAACCUGCCAGAAAUUACACUCAACAAGAUUUAUCUGUGAUACAACCAAAUAAUAGUCUGCAACAGAACUUCACAUAUCUGAAUGUGACAGAUGUGGGCUUCGAAGUGGGCAAUAGUAGUAAUGAAACAGUGAUAGUAACUUCAGAGAGAAUUGGCAUUGAGCUGACUGAGACAACUGGAACUCUGACUGGAGCUGGAAUCACAGGCAUCACUUUGGGCUGUGUAACUCUUGUUGGGCUGAUCCUAUUGAUUUCGUUUCUUCUGUACAGAAACAGAGGCCUAAACAGGCCCCAGGUACUUAGUGACCGCAGCAGUAAUCUUGAUUCCAGUGGAUAUAUUGAUGACAAUUCAGUUCGAGAUAAUUCGGAGGAGAUGUAUAGCUUAGAUAACGAUUCAUUUUUGAACAGUUUGGAAGCAAUGACCAUUCAAAACUACUGGACGGACACGGUGAAACACACCAAGUUUCGAGCAAAUUCUGUUCAUUGAUUUCCGUAGUGAAACGAGAAGCGAUUAAUCAUAGAAUAUUCAUUCCAUGGGGCCAAAAAUACAAACUCAACACAUUCCAAAAUGGAUUCCAAUACAAUCCGGAGGGAGGUUGUAGGAGCAAUGAACCCAAUUAGUAAAAUACUGAAUAAUAAUAAUAAUAAUUGUCUGUUGUGAAUUCUAUUCUCCCAUAUCUGUUAACGUGCAAUAACAUUGAGAUUGUAUAUAAAUGUAGUAACUGUAAAAAUAGGAAGCAAAUAAAAAUAGUUUUGUAUGA